AUGCGAUCUGAUGCAGUCAAACUAUCAUCAGCUGACUAUAAAUAUAUUAUGCAAUACAAAGAUGUAAAAUUUAAACCUUUAGAGAUGCUUAGAGAUAAAUAUCCUAUGUCCAAUACUCGUUUUUAUCAGAUUUGGAAAGGAAGAGAAAUUUGUAUAAAUACUUGGAAUCUAUCUUUAGCUAAUUCAAAUAGUGAUAUUUCAAUACCGGUA